UUUAUGCCCAAUAAAUAGCUUUGCCAGACGGCAGCUGGGCGUUUAAUUUUUCAUAUCAAGAACCUUCAAACAAAACGAAACACAAACAAGCAGCAUUUUGUACGGAGGGUAAACGCGUGUUGGCUGUUUCUGACAUUUUGAGCAAAUUUGAGGAAUUGAAGGUUGCGCUUUUUCAUCAUGUCUAAAGCGACGGCUAUUCACUGGUUCAGGAAAGGGCUAAGACUCCAUGACAAUCCUGCUUUAAUCGCUGCCAUCAAAGCUGAGGUGGAAUUGCGUCCAAUAUUUAUUUUCGACCCAUGGUAUGAAGAGAAUGUUAGAUGUGGAGCCAACCGAUGGCGAUUUCUUCAUCAAAGCCUUUCAGAUUUGGACAAGAACUUGCGCCAACUUGGUACAAGGCUUUUUGUGUUCCGAGGUAAGCCCGAAGAGGUGCUUCCCAUGCUUUUCAAUGAAUGGAAAGUGCAACGUCUUACUUUUGAAAUUGAUAUUGAGCCAUACUCGCGCCAGCGAGAUGAUCAGGUGACAAGGAUUGCACAUCAGCUUGAUGUAGAGGUUAUUCAGAAGGUUUCUCACACUCUGUACAACACAGAAUUGGUAUUAAAAGCAAACAUGGAUGCUGUUCCAUUAACAUAUGUGAAGGCAGUUUCUCUAAUGAAGUCUUUAGGAGAACCACCACAAGCUGUACCUGCUCCUACGAAAUUGCCUCCUGAAUGCCGUGCUGCUGCGGCAUUGCUCGAAGAUCAUAAAUAUGAUAUUCCAACACUGGAGGAACUUGGUGUGGACCAAUCUCAGUUAGGACCAUGUCUCUUCCCAGGUGGAGAAACAGAAGGCUUGGCUCGUUUAGAGAAGUGUCUGGAAAGAAAAGACUGGAUCUGCUCUUUUGAAAAGCCAAAGACCAUCCCAAACAGCUUGGCUCCAAGCACUACAGUACUGAGCCCUUACAUAAGAUUUGGUUGUGUAUCAUCACGCUUUGUGUACCACAAAAUAAACAUGGUUUUGAAAGGCCGGAAGCAUUCCCAACCACCUGUAUCGCUCAUCGGUCAGAUGUAUUGGCGUGAGUUUUAUUACAUUGCUGCUUCAGGAACACCUAACUUUGACAAGAUGGUUGGCAACAAGGUGUGUUGUAAAGUUCCUUGGGAUGAAAACCCAGAAUGGGUGGAGAGGUGGGCACAGGGUAAGACUGGAUAUCCAUUCAUUGAUGCUUGUAUGCGUCAGUUGCGCCAAGAAGGGUGGAUUCAUCACCUUGCCAGACACGCUGUUGCCUGUUUCCUCACCAGAGGAGACUUGUACCAGUCUUGGGAGGAAGGUCAGAAGGUAUUUGAAGAGCUGCUCCUAGAUGCUGACUGGGCAUUGAAUGCAGGAAACUGGAUGUGGAUGUCAGCAUCAGCCUUCUAUCACACAUUCUACAGAGUGUACAGUCCUGUAGCCUUUGGGAAGAAGACAGAUAAAACGGGGGAGUACAUAAGGAAAUAUGUUCCAGAGGUUUCAAAGCUUCCUAGUAAUUACUUGUAUGAACCAUGGGAAGCUUCCUUGUCAGUUCAGAAAGCUGCUAAGUGUGUGGUUGGAGAGGAUUACCCUCAUCGUCUCGUUAAACAUGAGGACGUGUACAAAGUCAACAUAGGAAGACUCUCUGCUGCAUACAAGGCAAACAAAAUAUUGCAAAAAGAACAAGAUGAAGCAGAUGAUGAUUGUCCACACCCACCAGCCAAGAAGAGGAAGGGAAAGGGAAAGUAAAUGGGUUUUGGGAGGAAAUCUUUAUAAUCAAACCAACCAGAAAUCAGUAUUCACGUUUGUACUUCAUAUUUAUUGUUGAUAUGCAUUUAAGAUGCACCAGUCCAUGGUAUUGGCACAAACUUAUGAAACUAACAGGAGCUGUUUUAGUUUUAAUUUUCUCUUCCUACUUAAAUGCAACCUUAGUUUUAUAGGUGGUACAGGUGUGAGUUACGGGUAUAAUACAGUAUGUUAACAACACUAUCAGUUGUGAGAAAGUACAAAUUAGGUAGAAGUUAUUACAUCACACCCUAUGGAGCUAAUUUGAGAAUCUGUA